AUGCCUUCCUACCUCCCUCCCUUCCCUCCGCCCCCCUUCCCCCCCGGCAUCUCCCCCAACGCAAACCCCGGCACGCCCGGACAGUAUCCUCCCCAGACACCCAUGCCGGGUAUGAUGGGUAUGCCCCCGAUGCCUCCCGGCAUGAGACCGCCUCCGCCCGGAAUGGCGCCCUCGCCGGCUCGGCCCAACCACCCCGGAUUGGGGAGCCAAUACCAACCUCAUCAUGGUUUACCUCGAGCGCCCAACCUUGCUCCUGGACCCCCUCGAGCGGACGUGAAGACUACCAAGGUGUUUGUUGGGGGUAUCGCCCCAGGUAUCUCGGACGAAACCCUUACGAAUCUACUCAAUGCUUGCGGCCCCCUGUAUGAACUCAAGCGAGUAAUCGGGGCCAGUGGUAAACCCCAAGCUUUCGGUUUUGCCUCAUUCGAGAAUCCCGAAAUCGUGCUUCGUGCGAUCCGCUGUCUCAACGGCGUCGAGCUGCCCGAUAUCACUCCCCAGGGCAAGGCUGACGGCGCACCCAAAAAGAAGCUGGUGGUAAAGGCAGAUGAAAAGACGACGGAUUUCUUGAAUGAUUUUGAAGCUGCUUUAGGAAGGUCAGAUUCGGAUGAACAAGCAGAUGCCAUCACCCGCAAAUCAAUCCAGCACAUUGUCGCUCUUCUCACCGACCCCAACGCUCAACAUCCUGACGGCUCUGCCGCCGCCCAGGACUCUCAUGUUAUCGUCCCCCCGCAUCUCCAAGAUCUCCAAGAGGGUGACCUCCCCGAAGACCAGCGUGUCGCCGUACUGGAUCAGAUUGCGAUCUUUAGAGAGAAUGCCGCAAAGAGAGAGAGGGAGAAGAAGUUGAUGGAAGAGGAGAAGGAGAGGUUCAAGGCCCAGCAGAACCAGGGCCAGGGUGGGUAUGGGCGGCAGCAACCUCAAAGCCAAGGUCAAAACCACUACGGGAACAGGGGAUCGGGAUGGCAGCAAGAGCCUCCUAUGAGGCAGUUUGGGACGCCCCAGGGGCGAAACAGCGCCGGACCGAGUAGAACGUUUGGCAGUCGGGAUCAGGGCCAACAACGUGACCCUCAAGCGUAUGACAAGCCUGUCAACUUUGUGGCUGCUCAGACUGUGGAAGGCAAGGUGGAGAGCGGACGUACGGAUGAGGAAGAGGAACAGUUCAGGCGGGCCGCCAAGCAGCGUGAUCUGGAUAUUGCUUUGCGAGACGCCGAAAGGCGUGUCGAGGCCCGUGAACGCUCCCGCCUCACUACUCUCAACAACGAGCUCCAACACCGCCAACAAACAAGCUCUUCCAUCUCUUCCCUCGCUUCCCUCCAAUCCGCCCUCUAUGCCGCGCUCGACGACUUGGACCCAUCCAACAUCAGACUCCCGCCCAAUCUCGGCCCGAGGGAUGCGUCAUUCUUCAAUGACCGCAAUGCCUGGCGUGCGCGCAGACAGAGAGUCCGGGCGAAUGAGUACCAAGCGGAUUUGAGGGAUAGACAGGCGGAAGAGGAUGAGAGGGUGAGGGCGGACAGGGAGAGUGAAGAGUUCUUGCGGAGACAGAUGGCGGAGCUCAAAGAGCUUGAACAGCGUCAGCGUGCUCGAGGUCUUCUUACUGAAGAUGCCGCCCCGAUCAAGCUCGCCCUUUCUGCCGCUGCCCCUCCCCCACAGCCAAAGGAAGAAAAGAAGCCCGUGCCCCACGCUCGUCCUGGUGUACAGUUUGACGAAGAUGAGGAUGACAAUCCGGCAAAGAAGCGUCGCACAUUCGUCAAGUUGGAUGAUGAUAAUGCGGCGAACGGGGGCGAGGCAGGGCUGUCGGAGGCGGAGAAGAUGGCGAGGAGGAUCGCCAAGCUGGUGGAGAUCAAGAAGGACGUGCCUAGAGAUAGGAGAGGGCUCUGGAGGGUGCCGGUGGAGUGGGCUGCUAUCAGUGAUCGCCUCAACCAGAACAAGAUCAAACCCUUUAUCAACGCCAAGAUCACAGACUAUCUCGGCGAACCAGACGUCGACCUCGUGAAUUUCGUUCUGGAGCAUUUGCAGGGAAAGAAGGGCCCGGACGAGCUUAGAGAUGAUUUGGAACCUGUCUUAGCGGAAGACGCCGAGGCAUUCGUCAUCCUGCUCUGGCGUCAACUUGUUUUUGAGAGCUUUGCCUACAAGGCCGGUACCGAGACUGGCGACAUGAUGAUCUAG